AUGAGUAUGGCAUCAAUCUUCACAUGGGAGCCUGAGCCUCCAAGGGUGCAUUCUCCGUGGCUGCAAGGUGCAGACACUCCUGAAGGGGUGGAAGAUCACAACGGCGAGGAAGAAGGCGGUACCGACCUCAACUUGGCGGCUCUGUCACUCAAGGAUGGCGCGCAAAGUGGCAACAGAGUCACACGGUUGAAAGCAGAGCCUCAGGAUGGGCCGGUCGAGUACAAGUUGCACCUACUGCUUCGUGCUCGGCGGAAGUUCAGGUCCACCAGCACUGGCAGUAUGAUCUCAGGUUCAAAGCACUCCAAGUUCAAUAGCAACUCUCCAGCACACAUUGCUGAAGACAGUGGCCUGGACUCCACGAAUGCUGCUGCUACGCCUCCACAAGCCUCGACUCAUCAGACGAGACAGCAUAGGUUGGAACAGCUUACAACACAGCUGCUCUGGCGCUUGCAGCAAUCUUCACCACAUCACACUUCAUCAGCCACAAAUAUCAUUCUUCCAUCUCUACCGGACGCACUGCCUGAACUUGUGGCGCCACAGCAGCCCGCAAGACUGCUUCAUGGGUUGGAGGAGAGCCAGGGCGCCCUCUACGAGAUUGGUGUAUCCGAUGACGGCACACUGAUCGGUUUGGCGGAAGAUGAGAUGAGCGAAAGUCUGAACAAUCUACGUGCUAUGGCGGCAUGUCUAGGAUGUGUCGUCGAGGUGCUACGGAAUGAGGUUGUUGGAGAAUGUGAAUGGCUAGAGGAUGUCGUCGUGAGCAAGGAGGAGCGCAAGGUACAACGUUCUGGUAAGCUCCUCGUGGCCGAAGCUUUUGUGAAGCCAUAUCUCCAUGCGAAAAGUCCACCUUUAGCUCCGAAGGAGCUUGCAGCAGCUGGCCAGCCGUUGACUGCACUACCAUCUACCGUCGAGUUGACGACUCCAGCCACAGAGCAGCUCAGGAUAACACUCACUGGACCGACUAUGUCAGGAAAAUCAACGCUACUCGGCACGUUGACAACAUCCACUCUCGACAACGGUCGCGGCAAGAGUCGUCUGAGUAUGCUCCGGCACCGUCACGAGAUCACGUCUGGCAUGACAAGCUCGGUGACACAGGAACUGCUGGGAUACCAAGACUCAACGGAAGGUUCCGUCGAGGUUGUCAACUAUGCCACGGAGAACAUAGCUUCAUGGAUCGACAUACACGCUGCCGCCGCUGGCAGUCGACUCGUCUUCGUCUCGGAUUCCGCAGGCCAUCCUCGGUACCGACGAACCACGCUAAGAGGACUGGUGGGCUGGGCACCUCAUUGGACACUUUUGUGUAUCCCUGCAGACGACACCAAAGAUACCACGCCGCAAAUAAGCGGCAGCAGUGGUUCGCCGCACCUAGCAGCAGUCCCCGACAUGGAUCUCUCGGGCGCCCAGUUAGAUCUCUGCCUGCGACUCAAUCUUCCAUUGGUUGUUGUGAUCACAAAACUUGACUUAGCGUCCCGAAGUGGACUAAGAGAAAGCCUGACAAAAGUGUUAGAUGCCUUGAAGAAGGCGGGCAAAAGACCGGCGAUCAUACCCAACAGGCCUGGAGUUGUUGUUGAAGCAGACGUGCAAAGUUUGCCGGCCUCAUUGAUUGAGACUGCGUAUCAGACCGCGCUGCCACUACUGAAUGAUGCUAGAGAAGUCGUGCCAAUUGUGCUCACGAGCGCGGUCGAAGGUACCGGGGUUGGAAACUUGCACGUCUUACUGCACGAGCUGCCCCUCCCAGCCGCGAUCAUUACUGGGUCGCCCGAGAGCUCUCUUACGAUCUUCGAUGUUGAGGACGUCUACAGUAAGCCGGCUGAAGUCGCAGGUGUCAUUGUAUCGGGGCAUUUGCGGUGUGGUCAGAUCACAGUUGGCGACACCAUUGUGGUUGGCCCUUUCUCGGGUCAUGAACAUGGUGAAGAUUCCGAGGACUCCGAUGAGCGUCCUUUGCGUAGAGCUUCGUCUGGUCUGCCAACGUCGCGAUCGUUCCCGGGAGCUCUGCGAGACUCGCUGCUGAGUCGAUCAUACUUCCAUUUGCCAAGGCAAGAAUGGCGCCAUGUCAAAGUGACAAGUAUUCGAAAUCUGCGACUCCCGGUGCAUGCGUUACAUGCCGACCAGGUGGGCACUCUUGCCUUGACGCUCGACGAGCACGAAGCCAAGACUGCGCCUCUUGCUCGGGUACGCAAAGGCAUGGUGUUGACUGCAAUGCAGACGCUUGCCACUCGUACAUUCACGGCAAGGUUCCAGCGCGAAGAUCUGGACACGCUCGCUGUUGGCAACCAUGUUGUGGUAUACAUGUCAAGCGUGCGCGCUUCUGCCAAAGUCAUAUCUGCUCGUGCACCGGACUCUCCUGUGGUGGAGCGACAGCAGUCAGCAACCACUGAGCCUUUCUCCUUCGACCUGGAUGUUGGCUUAGAUGUUGGCUUAGAUGGUCAGAAUAGCCCAGUCGCUGGGGUAGUCACUGCAACACAUCUCCUGGUCACCUUUUCUCUGGAUGCUUCGAAGGAGUUUGUUCUACCGGGCGACCAAGUCUUGGUCAUGCCCGGAGGUGGUCCAGGGCUGUACGGCGGAACAGAGAGGGGAGAGAAAGGUCUUGCAGGUCUCGAAGGGUUUGUUGGCGAGAUCGUUGACGUCCAUGGGUAA